AUGGCGACCCUUCGAACUUCCGGUCUCCUGUGCUCUUUCUCCUCGUCAUCAUCUUCACGACGAAGAAGAGUAUUGGCUACUCUUAAUACCCCAAAACUCCAACCGAGUUCUCUUUUUUUUCCAAAGAUCCCAACUACGGACUUGGUUGAAGAAUUGAAGUUGAGAAGUGGAUACACAACAGCCACAACCAUUACCCAGACAGAAACGAAGCCUUUUGACACUAAAGUUGCUACCAAUACCACGAGAGAUGAUCAUCAGGAGGUUAACUCCAAGUCUACGGUCAUUGCAGAGCUUUAUGCAAUCAUGGAAGCUGCUGCAGACAGGGCGGAGAUGCAUGCCAACAUCCAGAAGCAGCGGAAUAACUGGAACCACCUCCUUCUCACCUCCAUUAAUACAWUCACCAUCACCGCUGCAACGAUGGUCGGGCUGGCAGCAACAGYUGGAACGGGAGCACCACUUGCCGCACUAAAGCUCUCAUCUACUCUAUUAUAUACGGCAGCUACUGGGAUGUUGCUGGUGAUGAACAAGAUUCAGCCAUCGCAACUCGUAGAAGAACAACGCAAUGCGACAAGGCUAUUCAAGCAACUUCACGGGCAAAUCCGAACAACUCUUACACUUGUCUUGGCGAUUACUGGUCCUUUACUAACUGCCCUUGGCGCCAUUGGAUCAGCUUUCGUGGGAUCUCCUAAUGCCACAUGGGCAGUGUUGUUAGGUGUCAYUGCCGGAGCUCUGGCAAGCGUGGUGAACACCUUGGAGCACGGUGGACAAGUUGGAAUGGUUUUCGAGAUGUACAGGAGCUCUGCCGGCUUCUUUAGACUUAUGCAAGAGUCUGUUGAAGCCACUCUAAAAGAAAAGGUUGAGAAGAGAGAAAAUGGAGAACUGUUUGAAAUUAAGGUCGCUUUACAGCUUGGGAGGAGCCUAUCGGAGCUUAGGGAUCUUGCAUCGUUGUCAUCGUCUAGAGGAAACAAGAAGACAACAGAAGAAUUCGCCAGCAAACUCUUCUGAAUUCUCAAACAAAAAUUCUUAACUUUGAGCUGAUUUUUUGUCGAGGAUUCAAGACUGUUGUAUAGCAUUAAUUGUUCAUAGAUGCUUCCCCAAAACUAACUGCAUCCUAUUAAUUUGUUCAU